CAAUCAUCGACAUACGAUUAAAUAAAAGAAAACUGAAAUGGCGACCUGUCUUUCACCUAACAGUUUGAGAAGUCUGGCGUAUUCGAAAGAUAUUAGAAGGAGAUGGUGCUGGUGUUGGCUCUGGGAGAUUUGCAUAUACCCCAUCGGGCAGCUGAUCUCCCUCCUAAGUUCAAGUCCAUGCUGGUUCCUGGCAAGAUCCAGCACAUCAUUUGCACCGGCAAUCUUUGCAUCAAGGAAGUUCAAGAUUACUUGAAGACUCUUUGUCCUGACUUGCAUAUUGCUAGAGGUGAAUAUGAUGAAGGAACAAGGUAUCCUGAGACCAAAACACUAACUAUUGGACAAUUCAAGUUGGGAUUGUGCCAUGGUCAUCAGGUCAUACCCUGGGGUGACCUAGACUCACUAGCUAUGCUACAGAGGCAGCUGGAUGUAGACAUACUUGUGACAGGUCAUACCCACCAGUUCACUGCAUACAAACAUGAAGGAGGUGUUGUUAUAAACCCAGGGUCUGCUACAGGUGCAUAUAGCAGCAUCACUUAUGAUGUUAACCCUAGCUUCAUCCUCAUGGAUAUCGAUGGGCUACGUGUUGUGGUCUAUGUCUAUGAACUUAUUGACGGAGAGGUUAAAGUCGACAAAAUUGAUUUUAAGAAGACAACCGCUACAACUCCUGCUCAUUGAACGAUUAGGUGUUUUUUUUGGCCAACUGAACUUUUAGGUGUUUACUGUCUGCUAUUGUUAACAUUUUGUGUGGAUUCUUCAACAUGCAACCAGUUUGUAAAUUGUAAUAUAUGUGAACCAAACAUUUGUGAAGGUGUUGAAUGAUAGAAAUUUUGGCAUCGGUAUGGUUCCUUGUCUUGCUGUGUGAGUUAUGUCCUGUUUUGA